ACUGCGGACACAGUACAGGAGAUGACCAGAGACUGCGGACACAGUACAGGAGAUGACCAGAGACUGCGGACAUAGUACAGGAGAUAACCAAAGACUGCGGACAUAGUCCAGGAGAUGACCAGAGACUGCGGAUGUACUACAGGAGAUGACCAGAGACUGCAGAUGUACUACAGGAGAAGGUGAUGACACCGUUGGACCGAGGAACAGGUAGGACCAAGGAGCAGCGAAAAAUACGGUAUAUGUCCUCCAGCCACUGCAAUAAAUGGGUACAAUGCAAAAGGCUUCCUAGGAUAGCAGAGAAAGAAAGAUGAAUAGAG